CUCCAAAGUUUCCUUUCUUGUUUCUUCACGUGCCUGAGAGCAAAGAGAAUUUUUGGAUAAGAAGCUGCUGGGAAAUCAAGCCCUCUGAUCUGAGACCAGCCAGUGUUGCUGCUUCUCCAGUCUAUAUGACGCAUCUUUUAAGCUGGUGUGAUCACUCUGCUGCCCUCUACUGUUAGGAGUGGGCUCAGCAUGGAGACGCAUUAAUUAGCGCUCAGCAGUAUUACUUACUAGCACUAUUAUUAAAGGUCUUAUUAGUAUGAAUGACCAUAUUCUUGACAUUGGGAAGCGUGGGCUGCAGGGUUGAGAAUGAAUACACGAUCAGUGUAGGAUCAAACCUGACCAACGCUGCUUUGACUUUUUGUGUUCAUUUUUUUAAAGAGAUGAAAUGUAGAGUUUGAUGUAUUUUGCACAUGUUCUUCUGAAAGAGGUCCUUCCCCUUGAGUGUGAGGAUGUUGAAGAUAUUGAAGAUAUUGGUAGUCCUGAUGUGAAAGCAGAGCUUCCCUCCCACCUCAGCAUCACUAAGGAUGUUAUGGAGCGCUGCAUUCAUCUGCUGUCUGAUCCCAGCCUCAGGCUCCGACUCAAGGUACUGGACGUGCUGGAGUUGUGCCUUCAGGUGCUGAGUGAGAGGGAAAAUGAACUGCUGCCUAUGGCUCAUCGCUGCUGGCCAGCACUCCUGCAGAGACUCACAGCCGAUGACCCAUUAGCCGUCCUCAGAGCCUUCAGGGGCUGCCGUGCAGGUCACCUACAGCUCCACCAGUCACACGUCUGUACCAUCAGGGGAGCCCACUGGAGACAAGUCCACAGGAAGCAUGUGGAAGAUGAUUCUGGUGCUGCUGCCUUUAGCUGUGUUAUCAGCUGUGUGCUACUACGCCUACGCCUACAUCGUGUGAUGAACAGUGGAAGGAUUGUUCCAUCGAUGUCACAUCGAGAUUCUUUUUUUGUGCUUCACCACUUUUUACUUGGACUCUGCUACAGUAGCUUCACAUUCUGCUGUCCAACUUUAAAGCCAAAGCUUCUAGUGACCAGCCAGUUUUGAGUUUUUACAACUGUAAUACUGUCGAUUAUGUUAUUGUUAAUACAG